AUGAACACUGAAUGUACUUUGAACCAACUACGAGGCUUAAUGCAGCUUCUUCGUACCGACGAGUCAGAUUCCUCUUCGGAUGACGACGCAAUUCUUCCCGCAAAAGACAAACAGAAGCCAUUCGGGCCCGGAGACAUCAACAAAAAACCCGCUGCCGACACGAAAGACGACAAAAAAGUCGAAAUUGUUCCGCCCGCAUGUUGCACCAGUAUCGAGCCUCAGUCCUUGGAUGAAUGGGAAGCCAAACAGGCGGAAGACCAAAAUAUUUUCGAUACGCGCCAAGAACCGGAAUUCACAAUUUCCUACAAGCAAGUUGUCACAACGGAAGAUCUUUACUUGGGAAUGAGCAACAAAACCCCGUCGACCGCCAGUUGCGAAGACAUGAUUUUGGAAAUAAAGUUACCGGGCGAGACAGCAACGAUUGACGAGAUGGAAUUGACGAUUACGGAAAAUUUCUUGGAUUUGCCAGUCCGAAAGUUCAAAGCGAAAAUCGCACUUCCGCAUCCCGUCGAUCCGAACAAAGGCAAGGCCACGUACAACGCCGAGUAUAAUUUACUGAAAUUAGUGUUGCGGAUGAAUCGCGAGCUGGAUUUUGUGAAUUUCUAA